GGAAACGUGUCACUACGUGCGAUAACAUUUUUUUGUGUCAUAUUGUUUAUCGUUAUUGUAUUAAAGAAUCCUCGGUUUUAUUUUUUACUUUAGUAAGUUACGUACCGUUUUUGAAAUAUUACAAUCAUAUUUAUGUAUAGUAAAUAAAUGAUCUUAGACAGUUAGACUUAUCUAUAUUACAGGAUUACUAAAUCAUGUUGAAUAAAGCGUCAUUAGCAAUCAAAUACUUGUUAUUUGUCUUCAAUUUGAUAAUAUUUCUGAGUGGAAUUUUACUUUUAUUUGUUGGAUUAUCAAUUCGUAACGUUUACAACCAAUAUGGACAGUUUUUAACAGAGCACUAUUUUACUGUGCCAUCUCUAUUGAUAAUUGUGGGUCUCGCAGUUCUAACAGUAUCAUUUUUUGGAUGCUGUGGCACAUAUAAGGAAAAUAACUGUAUGAUGAUCACUUUUGGAUUUCUUUUAGCAUCGUGUUUUAUAAUGGAAAUCGUAGGCGGUUUAGCUGGAUUUAUAUUAUUGGAAAAAACUCAUUCUGUAGUAACAUCAAAACUGCACGAAACUAUGAUGUUUUAUAACAAAACAACGCACAUAACACAUAUAUGGGACGGACUUCAAACAUCUUUACAAUGUUGUGGAGCUGAGAAAUUGGAUGACUGGUAUCCCAUACUUGAAAACCAAUUACCUAUGUCUUGUUGUGGAUCAUAUGAUGGAGCAAUAGAUCAUCAAAAUUGUUCAGCAUCUGAACCAACUGUUUACCGGCAACCAUGCUAUGUGUCAUUAUCAAAAAUUGUAAAAGAAAAUGCCAGUACAUUAAGUGGUGUAACCAUAGGAUUAGCAUUUUUGCAGUUGGUGGGUAUCAUGCUGUCAUGUUCAUUGUCAAAGUCUAUACAAAAAAGUUAUAAACAGGUUUAAAAUUAUAUGUACCUUUGAAACAAUAAUGCAAAUCUGGCAUCUGUUUUUCAAUUAUUACAUCGUUUUUUUUUUAUACAAAUAUAAAGAGAUUAAUAAUAGUAUAUCAUAUAUUAGGAGA